AGUUUAAAGAACGAGUACACGGAUAGAUAACACCGGGUGUGCGAAGGCGACGGAGACAGAAAGUUGCAGGUUACAAGCAGGCCAGUCUGCCGUCGGCCCGCGCUCGAGCCGCAUGCCCGUAGCGCUCCGCUAUCGGAACUUGUACCCAACAUGAUCGUCUCGCGUUACGCUGCUCGCUGCGCCUCGCCGCGUCGCCGAUAAAAUCUGCGAAUCCGAUAUUCGGCCGAUACUGAGACAACAUCCAUGUUACGAGAGCGCUCGCCGACCAUGUGAUCGCUCCCCGCCGAUGGGAGCGAAAACCGAACAAAAAAGCCGCCUGCUAAUGUAUCCCGCCUACAAAAAAGGGAUAAAAGGGCUAUUCCUGGAAUGCGCACAUGUCGACGCCGGGUAACAGGCAGCUACUGAUCCCGCAGUGUCAUCGAGAUGCCCCGCAGGAGUAAGUGGAUGCAUCUGGUGGCUGGCGUCAUCGCCGGCGUCACCCUCGGGGUCUUCCUCAAGCUCUGCUUAAAGCCGUCCUCGAGGACCUCUAUAGAAGCAUGUGAAGCAGCAAAACUUAUAUCGCCGGACCCGCUGGCGUUGAUAGAUUUAAGCCCGGAAGAGACUAUACAGAACUCCAAUAGGAGUUUAGUGUUCGUGGGAGUGAUGACUGCCGAGCAGUAUUUGAAUUCUAGAGCGAAGGCUGUAAUGGAAACGUGGGCACAGGACUUGCCCGGUCGGAUAGCGUUUUUCAGUUCAGAGGUGUCUCGAGCCCCGGGGCUCCCGCUGGUGCCGCUGCGGAAUGUGGACGACAGCUAUCCGCCACAGAAGAAGUCGUUCCUCAUGUUGUUAUACAUGUACGAGAAGUACGGUGAUAGGUUUGAGUGGUUUAUGCGCGCGGACGAUGACAUUUACGUGAGAGGUGAUAAGUUGGGUGAAUUUUUGCGUUCGGUGGACAGUAGGAAGCCACAGUUCAUCGGUCAGGCGGGAAGAGGAACUAACGAUGAGCGUGACGCUUUGGCUUUGGAUUAUAAUGAGAAUUUUUGUAUGGGUGGGCCGGGAGUGAUGAUGUCGAGGGAGACAUUGAGGAGGGUGGCUCCUCAUGUGAAGUACUGUUUGAAGCACCUGUACACGACGCACGAGGAUGUGGAGCUGGGACGGUGCGUGGCUAAGUUCGCCGGGGUGUCAUGCACGUGGAGCUAUGACAUGCAAACGAUCCUACACCACAACGGCAGCGGCGCAGCAGCGUACACCGGGCGUCUGAAGCGGCGCGAAGUGCACCGAGCCAUCACGUUGCAUCCCGUGAAGGACCACCGCCACAUGUACAGGCUGCAUACUUACUUUAAGAACCUCCGUAUACAAGACACCCGUGAGCUAUCAGUAGACCUACACAGAGAUAUAGCGAUGUGCAUGAAGGAGUUGCACGUACCGCAAGAGCAAGUGGCGGACUACAUGCUUCCAGGGGACGUGUCUCUCUUCCCUGCCAAGAUCGGAGACAAGGACUACGCGGGAGACAACACCAUAUUGGGUGCCCCCAUCGACAUGAGCCGAUAUCAACCGACGACUCUGAAUGACAUACUGACGUUCGACUUUAUCAGCAAAUCGAUAUACUCCACCAUGCACUCAAACCCGAAGAGAAGGAUCGAGUCCCCGCUGAAAGAGGCGCUGGACGACGUUAUUCGAGAAGUAAUGGAAAUAAUUAACGCGCCAUCAAGACAGCGCGGUCGAGUAAUCGACUUCAAUGAGCUUCUAUACGGCUACACGAGAUUGGAUCCGCUGCACGGUGCUGAUCAUAUUUUGGACCUGCUGCUCCGGUACCGGAGGUAUCGAGGACGUAAAAUGACUGCUGCGGUUAGGAGACAUGCUUAUCUGCAGCAGACGUUUACUGGCAUGGAGAUAAGAGAACUUCCAAUGGGAGAGCCAGCACCGAGCGAGGACCCUGAGUUGUCGGACAAUGCCGACUCAAAGGACCCCAUGGACUACGACUUUGACGAGUCUAGUCAGCAACAGAAUAGCUUCCUCGACUUCGGGAAAUUGGGGGUCAAAGAGGCUCUUGAAACGGGACUAAUGAAGCUCCAGAAUCUACCUAAUGUUCUCAAAUGGAGCGACGCUGAUAUAGAAGAGUAUCCCGUGUAUAGUAGAAUAAUCAAUUUUAUACUGCCGCUUAUGGGCAGGCAAGAAAUCUUCGGACGUUUCAUGAAAAAUUAUGAAGACAUUGUCCUGAAAACUAACGAGGCUGUGACAUUAAUAGUCGUACUAUAUUUAGACAGUAAGAAUCCGCUGGACUACGGUAAUACAGAAUCCCUCAUCACCUAUUAUAAGGAUCUAUACGGAAAAGAAAUAAAAGUCGUCCGAAUGGGAUCGACGACAUUUUCAAGAGGCGCUGCGCUCACCGAAGGCCUGAAGCAGUGCUUAAACGACGACUUAGUUUCCUUUAUAGACGUCGACGUAAUGUUCAAUUUCGAAAGUCUUAGGCGGAUAAGGAUAAACACAAUCAAAUACAAUCAAGUGUACUUCCCUAUAGUGUUCAGCGAAUAUGAUCCGGACGUUGUUAAUGGAGAGGACUAUAACAAAUUCCAAGGCGAAAGGUUCGUUAUAAAUAGUGAUUUAGGUAAGUACGUGGACAGUUCCGAAAGUGGUGCUAAAUCGGAGCGAGAACUCACUAAUUUGAAGUACAGUAAAGAGAUACAUGACGAUUAUGGGUACUUUAGGCAAUACGGUUUUGGUAUACUGAGUAUCUUUAAAAGGGACUUUGAAAGGGUGGGCGGGUUCGAUCUAACCAUUAGGGGUUGGGGGUUGGAAGACGUUCAAUUAUUUGAAACUAUGAUCAAGUCGAAUUUGACUGUGUAUCGAGGUCCAGAUGACAGUUUGGUACAUAUCUUCCACUCGGUAGACUGUGAUAAGCAUUUGGAGAAGAGUCAGUUUUUGAUGUGCCUAGGGACGAAGGCUUCGACUCAUGGUAAUGACAAACACAUGACAUAUUACAUGUUGAACCACCCGGAUGUGCUGUGGCCAGACGCGGAGAAAGGUGCUAGCUAGUACAGGGUUCAGGCUUAGCUUAUUUUAUAACUAAGAAUCCCCUUUUGUGAAGGGGUUGUAUGUAAUUGUAAAUGUAAUUAAAAUUACGUCUACUCAAUCUGCAUUUGGUAUAACUAUUACGAAAGUCAAACGUAUAUUAUAUAGGUAUGUACUUUUUUAGUCAGUUUUAUUAAAUUACCAUUAUUAGUAUUUUUACGUUUAAAAAAAAUAAAUUUCAUGAAAUAAUGUAAAUAGAAAAAACUGGCAAAAUUUUCAAGUAAUUACAACAAGUAUAGUAUGAAUUAUCUCAGAUCAUUUUUUCAGGAUCGGGCCCUAAUCUGUUAAACAAAAGGUAUUGUUUCGCUACCUAUCGGCCUUAUCGGUCGGUGUUGGCGCGUGCCACGGCGCGUGCGGCACACACCAUGGCACACAAAGGCCGACCGCUAGCACAAAAGAGACAAAGGCUUUUGUUUAACAAAUUACCGUCUUAAACGUAAAAAUCAUUUGAGAAGAUGAAGACUAUAAAAGUUUGAUAUUUUUAUGAGGAAUGCUACAUGAUAUCUUGUAGUUUUGUUUUAUCCUAAUGAACAAUUUUUAUUUUAGUUAUAUAAAAAACCUGGCUUUUAAUUUUUACUUAGAGAUUGCUAGUCUGAAGUCAGUUUAUAUAAAACUUGACUUUAGCAAUCUGUUCAUUACUAAGCAUAAUUCUCUAUUUAUUUUUGUUAAAACGGUAUAACCAUCAGAACAUACGUAAACAAUUAAAAGCAUUUAAUUGUGAAUAUUGGUGGAAAAGUAGUCUUUCCAUGUAAUCAUUACCAUAAAAAAACUUUACCAACUUUAAGCUGCGUUUCCACCAGAUAUGUACGAAGAUCCGUAGCGAGGAUUGUAUUUGUUAAGAACCAAUAGAAUCAUUUACCUAUCCUCACUCAGUGCAGCUCUGUGUAGUGUACUAUAAUACUUCCCUCGCUACGCAUGCUCGCACGUAUCUGCAGGAAACGCAGCCUUUUAAUCAGAAUUCAUCUUCUAUCAAGAGCAUUAAAGCAACAUGGUAAAGCCACUUUUCCAUGUUGCUUAAUACAAUAAUUAAAACUUCUUUGCUGGUGUCAACCCCGAUAGUCGUUACAAUGUGUGCCCGCUAAGUGGGUAUAGCAAUAUUAUAGCAACAACCCGCCUAGUGAGUUGAUGGGCAUCCGAGUAAAAGAUACGACUGCCCACUAAGCGGGUUUCUGGCAGUGAAUGUGUUAACAGAGUUAAAUUCACUUAGGUAUAAUUGUUCCUAUAGUUAGACAAAUAAAUGUUAAAUUCUCACUACGUUACUACCGUACUUGAUGAAUACUAUCAAUAACUUCUUGGAGCAUGCAAGAAAGUAUUACUGCCGUAUAUGACAAUAGUUACUUUAUAAGAACUAUUGAAUAAAAUUUAGUUUAUAAAUUGAGACAGGUGGAAAAUAUUAGAUCAUACCUGGUGAUAGUGGUGAUGCUCUUAAAUUUUAAUUAGAUUAAGCGCAUUGGAUUUAUUCUUUCAAUUGUUAGCCAACCAAAUUACCUAAUGAGGUUAUAAAACCGAUGGGUCUCAUGCUCCAAGUAUGAACCUUAGCUGUUUUAUACCCCUUUAUGGAAUCUUAUCUAUAUUUUACCUUUUCAUAUUUCUUUCCCUUUUACUUGAAUUAAACAUACUCGUUAUAUGAUCGACUGUAUUAUUACCCUAAGCUGGUUGUGAACUAAACAUAUAUUUUGUACAAGCUAUCACUUAAAGGCAAUAAUUACUUAUUUAAUAACUUCAGAACAUUCUUGAGCAUUUGUAGAUAUGUACAAUAUUACACAACAACUUUUACCUGCGCGAUUUUAACUUUUACAUGUCGCAAUUUUACUGUUUUUGUAGAUUUACUAUAGUUACACUAAAAAGUCACAACUUGUAAGUUUGGACCAAAUUAAUUGUCAAACUGUAUUUGUUUUAUUUAUAAAAUACAAAAAUGUCGCUACAGAUCACAAAUGUUAUAGUAGAUACGUUUACUCUAUAUAAAAAUUCGUUGCCAAAUUACUUUUUCUAUAAUUCUUUCACCAUUUAAUUAGCGUUUUUGGGGAUAAAUAAAGAUAGAUACCAUUUCUGUUUUUGUUUGAGAAUCACGUGUCUACUAGGGUGCCUACAUAAUAAGAAUUGGCGAAUAGGCAUCCACCAGAGCUAAGCGAGGCACAACAGCGGAGCAAAGCACGAGGAAAAAGGUUUUUCUCAUCUCUAUCGUCAUUGCUACAUUUGAGUGCUUGAGAUGCAGAUUCUUGAGAAAAUUGAGAAUAUAAUUAAGUAUAACUAAUAGAUCCAGUACCGAAUAGAAACGCACGAAUUAAUACGGAUGCCUUUUCGCUCGCACCGCUUCACAACUUAGUGCAGCAGUGGUGGAUGCUAACCUUACACUUUGUGUUCUGAUCUGUGGUACGAGUAUAACUAAGAGUUAUUAAAUGUUUUAGAGAGUAAAGUCUAAGAUAAACAUGCCCGCUAGUUUGACAGUCGAAACAGUUGGUGCUGUACUGCACCAUGUGUUUUGUUGUCAUUGUUGUCAAACAUCAGUGCCCUGUUUAUCAAAAGCUUGUAGCUUGUAAUACAAGCGGAACUCACUUUUUGACAGCUUUUGUUAGAAAGGGACUUCCACUUGUAUUACAAGCUACAAGCUUUUGAUAAACAGGGCACAGAUCGUAAUAAUCGUAUCGUCGUACAGCGCCAUUUCGUUUUGGCGUCAAAUACAAAACACGAAAUUGUCUUAAGUCUGUCUGAUUAUCAGUCCGCCGGACGAUAUCGGCCUGUCAGUUAGAACAAAAAUUUGAGUUCCGAACAACUGACAGGCCGAUAUCGUCCGGCGGACUUGUAAUCAGUGGGCCCCCUUAGACUUUCCUCAUCUUACACAAUUAAUAAAUAUUUGGUAUGACGUAAAAAAUUGGCCACUUUUCACUGUCGAAAACGUCCCAUUUGUCAUAAUAAUAAAUUAUUGUAGGUAAGUUUUUUUUUGUUAAUCUCCGGUUAAAAGGACUUUGUGAUGAUUGGUGCUUGUAUCAUAAAUUGCUUAUUGUAUUUUUAUUAAAUCAGGCUACAGCCCAAUAUCAACCUUCCUGCAUUCCGAUAAGGUUCACAUUGACGCGCCGCAUACGAUAGGAGUUCAUAGGGCUAAGGCUAACGCAUGUUAAUCUCAUUAAGGUUCUUUUUUCUUGGACGAUAUAUUUUGUAAAUAAGCUGUAAAUGUCAUGUGCUCACAUGUUAAGUGCCAAUCGUUAGUCGUAAGUAGGUAAAUAUUAGAAUUGAACGCAAACCGUUAUAUUUUUGUGUUGAUAUUAAUGUUUUUAUUGAACGGAAGCGGCAAUGUGAUUUGAAAGUGAUUGAAAGUACGAAAUUAAAUUAAAUAUUAUUUUUAUCUACA